AUGGCAGUUCCAUUCCCAGAUUUAGACCCGUAUGAGGUUUUAAAGGUCUCAACUGAUGCUGAUGAACAAGAAAUAAAGAGAUCUUACAGGAAACUAUGUCUCUUACACCAUCCUGAUAAGCUUCAAGGUAAAUCCAGCGAAGAACAAGACGCGUCAAGGUCUCAUUUUGAGAAGAUCCAAUUUGCGCACUCCAUACUAACAGAUGGGAAGAAGCGUAAACGAUAUGAUCAGACAGGUUCGCUUGACGACAUUGGUGAUGGUGAAUUUGAUUGGUUCGAGUAUUUCGCAAAUACAAAGGCAGAAAUCACUGAGGAUAAUAUCAAGAAGGACAAGCAAGUUUACCAAGGCAGCGAAGAAGAAGGGCAGGACAUUAUUGAAGCAUGGAUCACCAACGAUGGUGAGUUCCUCAAACUCUUUGAGACGAUUCCUCACACGGAUGUCACCCUUGAAGAGGAGCAAAGAUUGUUUGCUCUCGUUGAGAAGCUACUGGAGGACGAGAUCAUCGAGUCUACAGAUAAGUGGGCCCGCUAUAAGAAGAAGAGAAGAACUAACUUCAACAAGUACCUCAAAUCACAGACAGAUGAAUCUCAUGAGGCAGAGCAAUUAAAGAAGGAAAUCGUCGGCAACAAGAGAAAGCUGGACAGCGAGGACGACCUAAGACAGCUCAUUCAGUCGAGGAAGAAGCAAUCCAUGGAUGACUUGAUCUCGAGACUCGAAUCAAAGUAUUCGAAUACAAAGAAAAGAGGUAAAAAGUCGAAAAAGGACGCUGUUGAAGAACCUAGCGAAGAAGAGUUUCAAAGAGCCAGGGAAAGGUUAGGUAAGAAACGCUCAAAGGGGAAAUAA